CUCUGAGUCCUUAAAAGGACUGCAAUUAACAUUGGAUAAGAUUCUGUCUCAGGUCCAGGCUGCUGAACCUGUUGGGUACCACCCAUGCGAUCACCCAUUCCAGCCCAGAGAUGUUGUAUUAGUCUGCGGCUUCAAAACUGACUGGCUUGAACCUAAAUGAAAAGGACAGAGAGACCAAGCUCAUGAUUCUCCAGACUCCUACUGCUGAUUCUUCAGGUUGCUACUGCUGUUAAAGUCACUGGUAUUUCUGCCUGGAUUCAUCACUGACACCUCAAGAAGACACCCGAGGAACCCACGAAAGAGGAGCCCAAACCCCCAGAGGUGCGUGGCCUUCCUGGGAACACCCCCUCCCAGGGCCAGCCUUCAAGGACCCAGCCGGCAUAUCUGUUCCAUCUCACUGCUCCUCUGGACUUUGGAGGUGGAGAGAGGCUGUGAGGGUGUGGGAGACAAGACAAGUCAACCGGAUGGCUGCUGUAACCCGAUACUCCGGGAAAGUGGUGGUGGUGACUGGGGGUGGUCGUGGCAUCGGAGCUGGGAUCGUGAGAGCCUUUGUGGACAGUGGCGCUCAAGUGGUUUUCUGCGACAAGGAUGAGGCCAGGGGCCGGGCUCUGGAGCAGGAACUCGUGGGCACUGUCUUCGUCCCCUGUGACGUGACUCAGGAAGGAGAUUUGCAGACUCUGAUUUCUGAGACCCUCUCUCGAUUCGGCCGCUUGGACUGUGUGGUGAAUAAUGCCGGCUACCAUCCACCCUCGCAGUGGCCUGAGGAGACUUCUGCCCAGGACUUUCGCCAGCUGCUGGAACUGAACCUACUGGGGACGUACACCUUGACCAAGCUUGCCCUCCCCCACCUGCGGAAAUACAGAGGCAACAUCAUCAACAUCUCCAGCCUGGUUGGGACCAUCGGCCAGUCUCAGGCAGUUACCUACGUGGCCACCAAGGGGGCAGUGACAGCCAUGACCAAAGCUCUGGCCUUGGAUGAGAGUCGACAUGGGGUCCGUGUCAACUGCAUCUCCCCAGGAAACAUCUGGACUCCACUGUGGGAAGAGCUGGCAAUGUCGACUCCAGACCCCAGUGCCACCAUCCUAGAAGGGACCCUGGCCCAGCCCCUGGGCCGCAUGGGCCAGGCAGCCGAGGUGGGGGCUGCAGCCGUCUUCCUGGCCUCUGAAGCCACCUUCUGUACAGGACUCGAGCUUCUCGUGACAGGGGGUGCAGAACUGGGGUACGGAUGCAAGUCCAGCAGGAGCAGCCUCGCGGAAGCCCCGGUCCUCCCGCCGUGAUUUCCACCGUGUUAUGUCCUCCCCAUCCCUCUUUUCCUUCCUUUCUCUGUAGUGCUGGAGAUUAAACCUGGGACCUCUUUUGUGCCAGGCUGGGCUCCACCACUGAGCCACACCCCAGCCCCUCACUGGGGGAUUCUAGGCAGGGGCUCUAUCACUGAGCCACACCC